AUGGCGGCUUCGGACGCUUUCAGCGUUCGGAUCGUCUCCGUCGAUUACUACAUGGCGCCUCCGAUCCCAGGCGUCGAUAUCUCUUACAGUAGCUUCCAAGGUGGGAAGGUGAAUGAGGUGCCCGUUAUACGAAUAUUCGGCUCUACUCCGGCUGGCCAGAAAACUUGCUUGCACAUUCAUCGAGCGUUACCAUAUCUAUAUGUGCCAUGCGCCGAUAUACCGAUUCAGCUGCACGAGAAAGGUGAUUCAUACACACAUGAUAUAUCUCUUGCUAUAGAGAAAGCUUUGAAGCUCAAAGGCAAUGCUGGUUCAAAGCGGCAACAUGUGCAUAGUUGCAGCCUUGUCCAGGCAAGGAAGCUUUAUGGUUACCACUCAUCAGAGGAGGUGUUUGUGAAGAUAUACCUCUACUAUCCACAUGAUGUCUCUCGUGCUGCCAAUCUUCUUCUGGGAACUUCAGUUCUUGAUACAUGCUUACAGCCUCAUGAAUCUCAUAUUCCCUUCAUUCUCCAGUUUCUGGUUGACUACAACUUGUAUGGGAUGGGUCAUCUACAUGUAUCGAAGAUUAAGUUCCGUCAUCCAAUACCAGAUGCCUUCUGCCCUAGGAAGUCUGUUCACAAUGGACAGCCUAGUCAGGACAUAGAUAAGUCAACUUGCAUGCCUGCUGAUUUCCAGGCAGAUAUACAUGGCCAUCUGUCUUUGGGUUCACCUGUUUGGAUAUCUUCCACAAUUCCAGUUGACUGGACGUGGAAUUCUCCUGGUGAAUUUGAUGCUUCCUCAAAUCCAGAUAUGAACUGCAUUAAACGUCAAAGUAUUUGUGAACUUGAGGGGGAUGCUACUGUAGAUGAGAUUCUUAAUCAGCAGCUUAAGAUAUAUACAUCCUUCUCGCAAACUCGUUCAGAUGUGAAAAUGGUUCAGUCACUUAUACCAAUUUGGGAGGAGUAUGAAAGGACGGGGAUACAUGAGGCGGCAAUACCUCCUGAUCCUGCCAGACCACUUCCAGAAGAUACUUUGAAAACUCUAGCAGGUGGUCUAGAAUUUAAUAACAAACUUAUCAAAGUGCAUGGUGAAGCAGAAAGUUCUUUGUGUCGAACUCAAUUAAGGAAAGAUGUAAGGUCUGUGGAGCAGAUGACAUCUCCAAAAGAUGAAGGAAAUUUUGUUCAACUCCAAACUGAUAAUCUUACUGAUGGAGAUAUAAUUAGAUCUCCGUCAACACAAGAUUCUACUGAAGAAAGGGUUUCAAAUGCCAAACUUUCAUUGAAUAAGGAACUUCCAGCAUCUCAAGUGAUCGAGACGAUAAAUAUGAAGGCUGCAGAUAAUGAAGCACUGGGUCUUCUUAGGUGGCUUGCCACUUCUCAGGCAGCUGAUGAUAUAAACUCUGAUGAUGAACUUGUUUGUGAAACAAUUCUGAGUCCCUUGUUGCCUGCAACAACCAUUGACAAGGUUCUGGAGAAAGCUAAUGUGGACUAUGAGACUGAAUCCCAAAAGGAGUGUCAGGACAUCCUUGAUUCAGUUGGUGAUUUAAUCGACUUUGAAGGAGGAAAGGAAAAAGCUUCUUACCCUUCAGAUCGGAACCAUUCCUCCAAACGCUCAUCUGAGUAUGUGAUUCCCCAGGUGGAUGGUUGUGGGGAUGAUGCUAUCUCAACUCCUUGUGAUGGAUCAAGUGGAAGCUUUUCUGAAAUAGAGGGGAAGAGUGAAUUGAGAACCUCUGAUCACCAGGUGCAAGAUGCGAGCUCAAGCUUCAAUCAUAAGCACAAAAGGAAAAAAUCAUUAUGGGGCUCUUUACCUUUGUCUGCGACCCAAAAGAUGAAGACAGAAGGUGAACUUGUCAAGUUAUACAGAGAAACUAAUAAACCUGUUGGUACAAGUUCCUCUUCUGAAAAUGAGGUGGGAAAACGUGCAGGCACUGGUGCUUGUGACUUAAAAGAGAGUAGUAUGUUGGCAAGAUGCUCUGUGAGGGACUUGAUGAGGAGAAAACGAUCCUACCGAAUUGAGCCACCUGAAUGUGGUUCUCAAGGGAUUAAAGAGGUUCUUCUGGGGAGGGAAGAAAAUGAAGAUACACUUCUCUGCGCAAAACGUUUAGAUUUUCAAAUGUCAUGUGCUGAUGCCACAACUUUUGAAACAACUUUUGAAGGCUUAUCUUCCAAGGGUGGAGUGUGUGAAGUGCCUUUUGAGAAUCCUGUGGGUGUAAAUGCCAUAACUGUCGCUGCUUUUCUAAACAACAAGGGGAGUGGUGGUCAGAAACUGGGUGUUGACUCUGUUUUAUCUGGGCUUAGAAACUCACCAUUUGGGGUCAUCCCUUCGGAUGAUAAGGGUUUAAUUGAAAUGAGCUUCUGCAGGAAACCCCCUGUUGCAGACUGGAACUACGGGGAAUCUAAAAAUGCUUCAUGGUUAUAUGACGGGAGAGCUACGGAUGAAUUUUGCCCCUUUUUUGUGCGAGACUGCCAAGAUGAGACAGAAAUUCAGAACGAGUGUGUCAGAAGUGAAUCCAGUUCUCAUCAAGAAUCUGUUAUGGGUGUACCUAUUCACUAUCAAACUGAUGGCUCUUACUUGUAUCUGUUAACACCUGCAACUACACCCCCUUCUGCCAAAAAUGUAUGUAGAUGGUUGUCAAGUGAUGAAAAAGGAUCUUCUAGGAAUCUCACUGGUCUGCAGAGUUAUUUGCCUAAUGAUUGGGACAAAAGUUCACCUGAAUGUGGUUCUAUAGAUGAUGUUCUGCCUAUUCUACACCAAGGAUCUCAAGAGGAUCAUGGAAAUCAUGAAACAGAAAGGACAGAAAUAGUGCAAAGAGAAGGAGAUGCUGUAAAAGUUCAAACAUGCUCUGAAUACUCACAAGAUAGUUCUCAGAUUUCUGGUCCAGAUAGGAGAUCAAAGCCCACUCCUCUUAGUCAGAUUGGAUUCAGAGACCCUGCAAGUGUUGGCGGAGGCCAACAGCUGACAUUGUUAAGUGUAGAGGUUCAAGCAGAAUCAAGAGGAGAUCUUCGACCUGAUCCUCGGUUUGAUGCCAUCAGUUUGAUCUCUCUUGCUGUUCAGAAUGAUAGUGAUUCUAUUGUUGAAGUUUUUGUGCUUUUGCACAGUAAAGCUGAAAGUUCUCAGAGGAGUCUUGAUGGAAUUUCUGGCUGCAAGGUGUUGGUUUUUCAUGAGGAGAAGUACUUAUUUGAUCAUUUUAUAAAAAUUGUAUGCUCAUUGGACCCAGAUGUUUUGAUGGGUUGGGAUAUACAAGGUGGUUCUCUUGGGUUUUUAGCAGAAAGGGCUUCGCUUUUUGGUAUAGGCUUACUCAACAAGAUAUCUCGGGUACCAUCUGAAACCAAGAUGGAGGCUGAAGAUUUAGAAGUUCCGGAGAAAGCAAUACAAGAAAAAAUGAUUCAUGAGGCGGUCAUUGCUGAUCCAGUUGUACUAGAUCCAAUAGUGGAGGAUGAAUGGGGAAGAACUCAUGCCAGCGGUGUCCAUGUUGGCGGUAGAAUUGUCCUUAACGUCUGGCGGCUGAUGCGUGGUGAAGUCAAGCUCAAUAUGUACACAGUUGAAGCUGUUGCUCAAGCUGUGUUGAGGCGAAAAGUCCCAUAUAUUCUUAAUAAAGUACUGACGAAAUGGUUUUCAAGUGGCCCUGGACAAGCCAGAUAUCGAUGUAUUGAAUACUUAAAUGAGAGAGCAAAGCUGAGCCUUGAGAUAAUGAAUCAAUUAGACAUGAUAAAUCGAACAUCAGAACUUGCUCGUGUAUUUGGCAUUGACUUUUUUUCAGUUCUGUCUAGAGGUUCACAAUACCGUGUUGAAUCCAUGUUUCUGAGAUUGGCCCAUGCUCAAAACUAUGUUGCCAUUUCCCCUGGGACGAAACAGGUUGCUUCUCAACCAGCAAUGGAGUGCCUACCUCUUGUCAUGGAACCAGAGUCUGGUUUUUAUGCAGAUCCAGUUGUCGUUUUGGAUUUUCAGUCUCUUUAUCCAUCAAUGAUUAUUGCAUACAACCUUUGCUAUUCUACAUGCCUUGGAAAAGUUGUGCCUUCAGAGGCAAAUAUCCUUGGAGUCAGUUCAUUUUCACCAGAUCCCCAUGAUCUGCAUAAUUUAAAAGAUCAGAUUCUGCUGACUCCCAAUGGUGUUAUGUAUGUACCAGAAAAGGUUCGUAAAGGUGUACUACCUCGUUUAUUAGAGGAAAUAUUGUCAACGAGAAUAAUGGUUAAACAAGCUAUGAAAAAGUUGUCUUCUUCAGAGCAAGUUCUUCACAGGAUAUUUAAUGCAAGACAGCUUGCUCUGAAGUUGAUAUCAAACGUAACAUAUGGCUAUACGGCUGCUGGGUUUAGUGGCCGUAUGCCUUGUGCCGAGAUUGCAGACAGUAUUGUUCAGUGUGGCCGUAGUACAUUGGAAAAGGCUAUUUCAUAUGUAAAUGCACAUGGGAAGUGGAAGGCUAGAGUUAUUUAUGGUGACACAGACAGCAUGUUUGUUCUCCUAAAGGGACGCAGCAUUGAAGAUUCUUUUCAGAUUGGACAUGAGAUUGCAUCUGAAAUUACUGCUAUGAAUCCAAAUCCAAUUGCUUUGAAGAUGGAAAAAGUUUAUAGCCCGUGCUUCCUCCUUACUAAAAAGCGUUAUGUUGGUUACAGUUAUGGAAGCCCUGAACAGACUGAACCUAUUUUUGACGCUAAAGGUAUUGAGACGGUUCGCAGGGAUACAUGUGGGGCUGUUGCCAAGACAAUGGAGCAGUCUUUGAGACUUUUUUUUGAACAUCAGGACAUGAAUGAGGUUAGAGCAUACUUACAGCGUCAAUGGAAGCGGAUUCUAUCUGGAAGGGUGUCUCUUCAAGAUUUUGUAUUUGCAAAGGAGGUUCACCUAGGCACCUACCGUGCGAGUGCUUUUUCGUCACUUCCACCAGCUGCAAUUGUUGCCACAAAAGCUAUGAGAACUGACCCUAGGGCAGAACCACGUUAUGCAGAGCGUGUACCUUACGUUGUAAUCCAUGGGGAGCCUGGGGCCCGUCUGGUUGACUUGGUGGUGGAUCCAUUGAUUCUCUUGGCUAUUGAUUCCCCCUACAGAUUAAAUGAUCUUUAUUACAUCCACAAACAGAUAAUCCCAGCUUUGCAGCGAGUGUUUGGGCUUCUUGGAGCUGACUUGAGCCAGUGGUUUUCAGAUAUGCCCCGCCCCGCUAGAGAAGCCUUUGGUAAACGCCUCUUUUACGCUUCCAAUCCGCACCGAACCAGAAUUGAUUAUUACUAUCUUUCAAGGCAUUGUAUCUUGUGCGGUGAGUUGGUCCAGGCAUCAGCCCAUCUAUGCAAUCAAUGUUGUGAAAACAAAAGUUUUGCUGCUGUAGCUGUAACUGGAAGAACUUCAAAACUGGAGAGGGAGAUGCAGCAGCUUGCUGGUAUUUGUCGACAUUGCGGAGGGGGGGACUGGGUUGUAGAAAGUGGCAUCAAAUGCACUUCUCUUGCAUGCUCAGUGUUUUAUGAGAGGCGUAAAGUUCAGAAAGAACUACAAGGGCUUACUUCUGUUGCUGCGGAAACGGGUUUCUAUCCUAAAUGUAUGGUUGAGUGGUUUUGA